CUCCCUCUUCCUCUCGUCAUCGGCCCCCGCACUCCCCGCCCACGUGCCGAUUCGUCUCCUCCGCUUAUUAUUCUACCAAGGAGAAACUAGGGUUUUGCCGAACGUCGCCUCUCUCGCCCCCCUCCCCAUCCUUCCCGCCGCUACGUCGAUCGCCGUUCCUCGAUGGAGCCGCGGCGGCACCACUCGAAGAACGGCCUCUCCUACUCCAAUCUCUUCAACCUCGAGCCGUUAAUGAGCUUUCAAGUACCACAGCCAGAUGAUGAAUUUCAUAAUUAUGAGGAUAGUAGUCAGGACGAGAAUAGAAGCAGCCAAGGUCAGGGGGUUCUUUUUGAGCGGUGCAAUGGUGAAAUAUCUCCAGAGUUGAUCCGGAGGAGGAGGAGGCAUGGUGUCGAGUCUGAGGCUGUUGCAAACUCAUCCUUGAGGAAUGAUACUGACAGUAAUGAUGAGGUCGAUGAAGAAUAUGAAAACGGAAUAUCCGAGGAACAAUACCGUGCAAUGCUCAGUGAUCAUGUGCAAAAAUAUAGGAAAGUGAAGUCCAAAGAAUCAUUGUCAGGAUUGGCUUCCUCUCGGAUAGCAAUGUCAGGUACAAAGCGAAGUCAUGGGAGUAAAACUAGGAAGUUCACUGGUGAGCCUCUAGUUUCUGCUAAGGGGGAAACAACAUCGCGUAAGAUGGAAAUAUCACCUGGAUAUUACGAAGCUGAUUUGGAUGUGGAUUACGAUGGGGGUAAUAGGUACACUUUGUCCAUGGAUUCUACUUACUUGGACAUUGGUGAGGGUAUCACAUACCAAAUACCUCCAACUUAUGAUAAGCUUGUGGCUUCGCUGAACUUACCAAGUAUUGCUGACAUUAUAGUUGAGGAAAAUUUCCUAAAUGGUUCUUUAGAUUUGCGGUCUCUGGCUGCCAUGAUUGCUACUGAUAGAAGGUUUGACACGCUCAAUCAAGGUGGAUUGAAUGAGCCUCAGCCCCAGUAUGAAUCACUUCAGGCUAGGUUAAAGGCACUCUCAUUUGGUAAUUCUGAUAAAAAAUUUACACUUCAAGUAUGCGACAUUGGUCUGGAUCCAUUUUCAAUUCCGGAAGGUGCAGCUGGUAGGAUCCGACGGUUAAUCAUGUCAGAUUCUGGUACUCUACAGGUUUAUUAUGUCAAAGUCUUGGAGAAAGGGGACACUUAUGAGAUUAUUGAACGGAGCUUACCAAAGAAGCAAAUAGUGAAGAAAGAUCCUUCUGAGAUUGAGAAGGAAGAGAUAGAGAAGAUAGGGAAAGUCUGGUUUAAUAUUGUAAGAAGGGAUAUUCCGAAGCAUCAUAAGAUAUUUACUAAUUUUCACAAGAAACAACUCACAGAUGCUAAACGUUUUUCGGAGACUUGUCAAAGAGAGGUAAAGUUGAAGGUGAGUAGGUCACUAAGACUGAUGAGAAGUGCUGCGGUUCGAACUAGAAGGCUAGCUAGAGACAUGUUGAUAUUCUGGAAGAAAGUAGACAAGGAGCAGGCUGAACUGAGGAAGAAAGAAGAAAGGGAUGCAGCUGAAGCUUUGAAGCGUGAGGAAGAAUUACGUGAAGCUAAGAGACAACAGCAGAGACUUAACUUUCUCAUAUCACAGACGGAGCUGUACAGUCAUUUCAUGGGGAACAAGUCUUCAGCACAACCUGUGGAGAACUUAUUGGUGGUAGAAGGUGAAGCUAAACUUCCAGAAGAGGAAUCAUUGCCUCUUGAUUCUAAAUCAGAGGAUGAAGAGGAUCCAGAAGAAGUUGAACUUAAGAAGGAAGCUCACAGGGCCGCCAAACAAGCUGUUUCUCAGCAGAAAAAGAUUACAAAUGAAUUUGAUUAUGCAUGUUUAAAGCUGCGACAAGUAGCUGAAACCAAGGAUCAGGGAAAUGACUCAGCUGGAGGGUCAAAUGACAUAGACCUUCUAAACCCCUCCACAAUGCCUGUAACAUCAACUGUACAAACACCAGAGAUGUUUAAAGGGCAUCUUAAAGAAUAUCAGCUGAAAGGAUUACAAUGGCUAGUUAACUGUUAUGAACAGGGUUUGAAUGGAAUUCUUGCUGAUGAAAUGGGCCUUGGAAAGACAAUCCAAGCUAUGGCCUUCUUGGCUCAUUUGGCUGAGGAAAAGAAUAUUUGGGGUCCAUUUCUGGUUGUUGCACCAUCUUCUGUCUUGAAUAAUUGGGCUGAUGAAGUCAGUCGGUUCUGCCCUGAUUUCAGAACACUUCCAUACUGGGGUGGGUUAAAUGAAAGAACAGUACUCAGGAAAAACAUUAAUGCAAAGCGUCUUUAUAAAAGGGAUGCUAGAUUUCACAUACUAAUUACAAGCUACCAGUUGAUUGUGACUGACGAGAAGUACUUACGACGGCUAAAAUGGCAAUAUAUGGUUUUAGACGAAGCCCAAGCUAUAAAAAGUUCAAGCAGUAUACGAUGGAAGACGUUGCUCAGCUUUAACUGUAGAAAUCGCUUGCUUCUGACUGGAACUCCAAUACAAAACAAUAUGGCUGAGUUGUGGGCCCUUCUUCAUUUUAUUAUGCCAACCUUGUUUGACAGUCAUGAGCAGUUUGAUGAGUGGUUUUCUAAAGGUAUUGAGAGUCAUGCAGAACAUGGAGGCACCUUAAAUGAACAUCAGCUCAAUAGACUGCAUGCAGUAUUGAAGCCUUUCAUGCUGAGGCGAGUUAAGAAAGAUGUCAUAUCAGAGAUGACAGGGAAGACAGAAAUCACAGUUCAUUGUAACUUGAGUUCUCGACAGCAGGCUUUUUAUCGUGCUAUAAAGAACAAGAUAUCCCUUGCCGAGCUUUUUGAUGGUAGCCGUGGCCAUAUGAAUGAGAAGAAAAUAGUUAACUUGAUGAAUAUUGUCAUACAAUUAAGGAAGGUGUGCAAUCAUCCAGAGUUGUUUGAGCGUAAUGAAGGAAGCUCAUAUUUUUACUUUGCGGAGAUCCCAAAUUCUCUUCUUCCAUCUCCAUUGGAGGGAGUAGAUGUUAAUUAUGCAGGAAAUAGGAAUCCAAUAACAUAUAAGGUGCCAAAGCUGAUCCAUCAAGAAAUUAUUCGAAGCACUGAAGUACCUUUUUCUAUUCCUCGACGUGGUGUUCACUGUGAAUAUUUUGAGAGGCUUUUUGAUAUAUUUUCACCAGGCAACAUUUAUGAGUCUGAAUUGCCAAAGUAUAAAUGCCUAGUAAACUCUUCUGAAGUUAGUGGAACAUUUGGAUUUACUCGUCUGAUGGAUUUAUCACCUAUAGAAGUCUCAUUUUUAGCCAAGUGUGUGCUACUUGAGAGGCUGUUCUUUUCUCUCUUAAGGUGGAAUAGACAACUCAUUGAUGAAACCUUGGACCUGUUUAUGGAGACAGAAGGUGAUGAUCUUGAAAAUAGUCAUUUGGAUAGACAAACUACUAGAACUAUUGCACGGAUGUUGCUGUUGCCAACAAGGUCUGAAGCAAGCUUGCUUAGAAGAAGGCUUGCAACUGGUCUUGGUGAUGCCCCAUAUGAGGCUUUGGUUACCUCUCAUAAUGAUAGGUAUACAUCGAACAUCAGGCUUUUGCGUGCAAUGUAUGCAUUCAUUCCACGAGCCAGAGCUCCACCAAUACAUGCUCAGUGUCCUGACAGGAGCUUUGCCUACCAAAUAAAUGAGGAACUUCAUCAUCCUUGGAUGAAGAAAUUGUUUCUUGGAUUUGCACGCACCUCUGAGUUUAAUGGUCCUAGAAGGCCUAUGCAUCAUCAUCACUUGAUCGAAGAGAUUUCUCAGUCAUAUGCGAUUGAGCCCAUUUUUCAGCUUCCAUACAGGAUUUUUGGUUCUUCACCACCCAUGCAAAGCUUUGAUCCUGCUAAAAUGCUCACGGAUUCUGGGAAGCUUAAAACACUGGAUAUACUACUGAAACGUCUCCGGGCUGAAAAUCAUCGUGUGCUUUUAUUUGCACAGAUGACAAAAAUGUUGAAUAUUCUUGAGGACUAUAUGAACUAUAGGAAGUACAAGUAUUUUCGACUAGAUGGAUCAUCUACUAUUAUGGACCGUCGUGACAUGGUCAGAGACUUCCAGCGCAGGAAUGAUAUUUUUGUUUUCUUGCUGAGUACAAGAGCUGGAGGGCUUGGUAUUAAUUUGACUGCUGCUGAUACUGUCAUCUUCUAUGAGAGUGACUGGAAUCCAACUUUAGACUUACAGGCAAUGGAUAGGGCACAUCGAUUGGGUCAGACAAAGGAGGUUACCGUUUAUAGACUCAUUUGCAAAGAAACAGUUGAAGAAAAGAUUUUGCAACGGGCAAGCCAGAAGAAUACCGUGCAGCAGCUCGUCAUGACAGGUGGUCAUGUUCAGGGUGAUCUCUUGAAGCCUGAGGAUGUUGUUUCUUUACUCCUUGAUGAUGCUCAGUUGGAGCAGAAAUUGAGAGAAAUACCGGUACAGCAGCCAAAGGAUCGACAGAAGAAAAAGCGGUUAAAGGGAAUUCGAGUAGAUGAAGAGGGGGAUGUAUCUCUGGAGGACUUCACAAACAGUGGUUCUGCAGAAAACGAGUUAGAGAAAGAGAAUGCACAUAGAAAAAAGAGGAAAGCAAAAUCCCAGAAGGAUAAUCCUUUACAGUUGCAGAACCCUCAGAGAACUGCAGAGGACAUGGAUCUGCUACUUGAAACUGAUGAACCCAGUCCAAGUGGGUAUGAGGAAGAUCAUAUUGUCCAAGAAAGGUCAAAAAGAUUAAGAAGGCCAACAAAGAGCAUCAAUGAGAAUCUUGAACCUGCAUUCAACUCUGCAGACAACGUGCCCAUUAUGAACUCUUCCGAAGACCAGCCGACUUCAUAUGACUAUAAAUCUGGUGUCUACGGGUCUGGUUCACAGGAUGCCUUGCCAUCUCAAGCUCCGGUUGCAUAAGAGUUAAAGAGGAGGACCUAAACCAUCUUAUGAGAUCUCUUGGGCAGCCUAAGGUUUCUGAAAGCACAAUGAUGGGAAAAAUUUAGUGCAACCAGACCUGGCUCUCUACUUGUCCGAGUUGGAAAAGCAAUGCUAAGCUCCAGCGGACGUUGCUCAGUGUUCUGAAGCUAUGGGGAAGCAGUGCGGAGUUAUCUACACAUGCCAGGAGGAUCAGUCCGGCAUUUGCCGGUCUCCAUAUUACAUGGAACUGGCUAUGUACAGAGACAUUGUAUACUGAAAUUAAAGGUGCUCAAGAGUCUGUAGUGAUUUUAUUUUUGCUGUCUCCUCUUAUUUUUUGGGGUGCGAAAUUAAAACCUGCACUAAGAACGUUGGGAAAUGCUGCAAAAUUUGCACCGAAGUGCAGCAGUGUAAAUAAUCCUUCCAGGUUUUUGGCUAUUUAAGCUUCUGAUUUUUUGUCAUGAACUCGGGAUAUUGUGUGGAGGGAGUUGUCGCUUUCCACCAGUUGUACUUCCAUUAUAGUAAUACGAAAGAGGAUCAAUGCG